AUGUCUGACCUGCAAACCGCAAAGGAAAGGGUAUCCAAACCUGUCCCACCAAAAGCACGUUUUAGUCUGCUUUCUUCUCCGGGGCAAGUGGCAUCGCUGUCCCGCACGCUCAACAAAGAAAUGGGCGCCAAGGAAUGGGAAGCAGCGGAAUCAGCCAUCACCUCACACAAGAAGAAGGAUACACCAAGUCACCGUCGCCAUUCUCUAUCCGUCACAGGCGGAAGAAUGGGGCUCCCGGGAAAGACAUAUGAUCUGAGUCUGGAAGAGGAACAACCCCACGAGUACUCGGAGUACCAGGCGGAGAAGGGCUAUGGCUGGGCGGAGGCCUUGCCCCAGCGGCAAGGCCUCUAUGAUCCCGAGAUGGAGAAGGAUGCCUGUGGUGUAGGGUUUACAGCUCACAUAAAAGGGCAACCGAGUCAUAAAAUUAUUACUGAUGCACGAUACCUCCUGUGCAACAUGACCCAUCGAGGGGCGGUGGGCUCGGAUGCGCGAGACGGCGAUGGAGCCGGGGUCAUGACUAGCAUUCCGCAUAAGUUUUUCGUCAAACACUUUGCUAGGGAGGUCGGAGUGGAACUUCCGCCCCUGGGCCAAUAUGCGGCUGGUAACUUGUUUUUCAAGCCAGACGUCGAUAAUGUCAUAAAUUCGAAAGCUACAUUCGAAAACUUGGCAGAGUCACUGGGCCUUCGCGUCUUGGGAUGGCGUGAUGUCCCUCGCGAUUCAACCCUCCUUGGCCCAGCGGCGUUGUCGCGUGAACCGGCCAUUGUUCAGCCAUUUGUUGUUUUACAUUCGGCUUACGGCGAUGGUAAGGCUCCAAAUAGCGAUCACGGAGAAAUAUUUGACGAAAAUACUUUCGAAAGGCAGCUCUAUGUCCUACGGAAGCGGGCUACCCACGUGUUGGGGCUAGCCAACUGGUUCUAUAUUUGCUCGCUCAGCAACAAGAAUAUCGUUUAUAAGGGUCAACUUGCUCCAAUCCAGGUAUAUGAAUAUUAUCACGAUCUCCUCUCGGUGGAUUAUGAGGGUCAUUUUGCGCUUGUGCACUCUCGCUUUUCGACGAAUACAUUCCCAUCUUGGGAUCGAGCGCAGCCUCUACGGUGGGCCGCUCACAAUGGUGAAAUCAACACGUUGCGUGGUAAUAAGAACUGGAUGAGGGCUAGAGAGGGGGUUUUGAAGUCGGACGUUUUCGGCGACGAGCUCGAACAUCUAUACCCGAUUGUAGAAGACGGUGGUUCGGAUUCUGCUGCGUUCGAUAACGUACUUGAAUUGCUCACAAUCAACGGCGUGUUGUCACUCCCGGAAGCAGUCAUGAUGAUGGUUCCUGAGGCGUGGCAAGAUAAUCCAGCAAUGGACCCGAAAAAAGCUGCUUUUUACGAAUGGGCUGCUUGCUUGAUGGAGCCCUGGGAUGGUCCCGCCCUGUUCACAUUCUCAGAUGGCCGCUACUGCGGUGCGAACCUCGACCGCAACGGGCUUCGUCCUUGCAGGUAUUAUGUCACUGACGACGACCGUAUCAUAUGCGCUUCCGAAGUCGGUACAAUCGCAAUCGACCCGGAGCGCGUGAUUGAAAAAGGAAGAUUGCAACCUGGAAAAAUGUUGCUUGUCGAUACAGUCGCUGGAAGGAUCAUUGACGAUGCAGAAUUAAAGAGAACAGUGGCAAAUCGCCAGCCGUUUGAGGAUUGGAUUGAGACGUAUUUGCUCAGCAUGCCUGAAAUCCAUAAGCAGGUCUCUGAAACUGGUAGUCUGGCACCCAUACUGGACGACAUCACGAUUCAGCAAGACCCGCGCCUCAAGGCCUUCGGUUACUCGUUUGAGCAGGUUAGUCUUCUUCUCGGUCCUAUGGCCGCAGAUUCAAAGGAAGCUCUUGGCUCGAUGGGGAAUGAUGCCCCGCUGGCUUGCCUAGCACAACAACCGCGUUUGCUGUACGAAUAUUUCCGCGAACUCUUUGCCCAGGUCACAAAUCCUCCCAUUGACCCCAUUCGAGAGGCUAUUGUCAUGUCCCUAGAGUGCUACGUUGGGCCACAGGGUAAUUUACUGGAAAUCAACCCUUCCCAAUGUGACCGGCUUCAUCUUCCCUCACCAAUCCUGUCGAUCAACGAGUUCAAUGCGUUGAAGGCGCUGCCGUCGAUACAGAGCGAGUGGUCAGUCAAAACGAUUGACAUCACAUUCGAUAAGUUGAAGGGUAUCCAAGGGUAUCUUGAUGCUCUGGAUGAUAUCUGCGCUGCUGCCACAGAAGGUAUUCAAAACGGAGACCGUAUCAUUGUCCUAUCCGACCGUGCAACUUCGGCAGAUCGAGUUGCGGUAUCGUCACUCCUUGCAACUGGUCUCGUCCAUCACCAUCUUGUUCGGAACAAAUGGAGAUCGCUUGCUGCCCUUGUUGUUGAGACGGCUGAAGCCCGCGAAGUUCACCACAUGUGUGUCCUCGUUGGAUAUGGUGCGGAUGGUAUCUGCCCAUACUUGGCGAUGGAAUGCAUUCUCAAGAUGAACCGUGAAAACCUGAUCAGAAAACAACUUUCCGAUGAGCAAGUCAUCACAAAUUACAAGACUUCGUGCGAUGGCGGUAUUCUCAAGGUUAUGAGCAAGAUGGGUAUUUCCACCCUACAGAGCUACAAAGGUGCUCAGAUCUUUGAAGCGCUAGGUAUCGAUGAUGUGGUCAUCGAUCGCUGUUUCGCAGGCACUGCCAGCAGGAUUCGAGGAAUGACAUUCGAGCAGAUAGCACAGGAUGCAUUCUCAUUCCACGAACGGGGAUAUCCGAUCCGCAAGAUAACCCACAUUCCUGGUCUUCCAGAGUCCGGUGAAUACCAUUGGCGAGACGGCGGCGAAUCCCACAUCAAUGAUCCAGUUAGCAUUGCCAAUAUUCAGGACGCCGUGCGCACUAAGAAUGAUAAGUCGUAUGAAGCAUAUGCUCGAUCAGAGCACGAACAAAUCAAAAACUGCACGCUUCGUGGGUUACUCGACUUCGACUUCGAGCAGCGGGCUCCCGUCCCUAUCGAGCAAGUUGAACCAUGGACAGAAAUUGUUCGUCGAUUCGUCACGGGCGCCAUGUCAUAUGGUUCCAUCUCUUACGAAUCGCAUUCAACUCUUGCCGUCGCGAUGAACCGACUUGGGUGGAAAGUCCAACAUCGGUGGAAGGAGGAGAAACCCCCGAACAUUGCUUCCGGUCGCUUCGGUGUCACGUCGGCAUAUCUGGCGGACGCGGAUGAGCUGCAGAUCAAAAUGGCUCAGGGCGCCAAGCCUGGAGAGGGCGGAGAACUUCCCGGCUCAAAGGUCACGGGGCCGAUUGCCCAGACUCGCCGCUCCACCCCUGGCGUUGGCCUCAUCUCUCCACCACCACAUCACGAUAUCUAUUCUAUCGAGGACCUGAAGCAACUGAUCUACGACUUAAAAUGCUCUAAUCCGCGAGCCCGGGUUUCUGUGAAGCUUGUCUCGGAGGUCGGUGUCGGCAUCGUCGCGUCCGGUGUCGCCAAAGCCAAAGCUGACCACAUCCUCAUCUCUGGCCACGACGGAGGUACGGGUGCAUCCAGAUGGACGGGUAUCAAAUAUGCCGGGCUGCCUUGGGAGCUGGGUCUUGCAGAAACUCACCAAACUCUUGUCCUAAAUGACCUUCGUGGCCGUGUAAUCGUGCAAACUGACGGUCAAUUGAGGACGGGCAGGGAUGUCGCCAUCGCGUGUUUACUUGGAGCUGAGGAAUGGGGUUUUGCAACAACGCCUUUGAUUGCUAUGGGCUGUAUCAUGAUGCGCAAGUGUCAUCUUGGCACCUGUCCUGUUGGAAUCGCAACUCAGGAUCCCGUAUUGAGAGAGAAAUUUGAAGGCACACCUGAACAUGUCAUCAACUUUUUUUACUAUGUGGCCAAUGAACUCCGGGCAAUCAUGGCUAAACUGGGUAUGCGAACUAUCAACGAGAUGGUCGGCCGUGCAGAACUUCUUAGAAUCAGAGAUGAUUUGCCAUCUCCUAAACUAGAAAAUAUCGAUCUAUCCCUUAUUCUUACGCCUGCCCACUCCCUUCGUCCAGGCGUGGCAACGUACAAUGUUCGGAAACAAGAUCACCGUCUUCAUGUCCGCUUGGACAAUAAGCUCAUUUCAGAGGCUGAGCUCGCGCUGGAAAAAGGCCUUCCUUGCCGGGUCGAAUGCGAUAUCGUUAACACGGAUCGGGCUAUGGGCGCUACACUUUCAUACCACGUGAGUAAGCGUUAUGGGGAUGCUGGUCUCCCACAGGAUACAAUACACGCAAAUAUAAAGGGCUCUGCUGGCCAAUCCUUUGGCGCUUACCUCGCUCCCGGUAUCACAUUGGAGCUUGAAGGUGAUGCGAAUGAUUACGUCGGCAAAGGCCUGUCUGGCGGUCGUCUCAUCGUCUACCCUCCUCGCGGUGCAGUCUUCAAAGCCGAAGAGAAUAUCAUCGUUGGAAACGUUUGUUUAUAUGGUGCGACCGGUGGCAGCUGUUACUUCCGUGGUGUUGCGGCCGAGCGUUUUGCUGUCCGUAACUCUGGCGCCACUGCGGUUGUCGAAGGCGUUGGAGAUCACGGAUGUGAGUAUAUGACGGGUGGCCGGGUCCUCAUUUUGGGCCCUACUGGUCGUAACUUUGCCGCUGGUAUGUCCGGCGGUAUCGCCUAUGUGCUGGAUAUGAGUGGUGAUUUCCACUCCAAGGUUAAUAUGGAAAUGGUUGAGCUAUCUGGGAUUGAAGAGCCGAGCGAAAUUGCGUUCGUUCGCGGGCUCAUCGAAGACCACCACCACUACACCGGCUCGGAAAUCUCUACUCGCAUUCUUGUGGAUUUCACCAAGGCGCUGUCCCACUUUGUCAAGGUUCUGCCUACUGACUACAAGCGAGUUCUAGAUGAGGAAGCGGCUAAAAAGGCUACAGCCAAGAGGGUUGGGUUCACGCCUUUGAAGUCUCCAGAUCAUGCUGCAAAGGAAAAGUUAGAACACGAGCACCGGGAAGCAGCGAAGAAGAGUGAAAUUCUUGACAUCGAAGAUAGCAUCACCGACACGAAAGCGGAAAAGAAGCGCACAGCCUUGAUCCUAGAUAAAACUAAAGGCUUCAUGAAAUAUCACCGCCGCAAUGAGAAGUACCGUAGCUCCAAGUCUCGGACACGGGAUUGGGCUGAACUGUCGCAGCGUUUGAAUGACGAUGAACUUAAAUACCAGUCCGCCCGUUGCAUGGACUGUGGUGUUCCAUUCUGUCAAUCCGAUACUGGUUGUCCUAUCUCCAAUAUCAUUCCGAAGUGGAACGAACUUGUUUUCCAGAAUCAAUGGCAGGAUGCCUUAAAUCGUUUGCUCAUGACCAACAAUUUCCCUGAGUUCACAGGCCGUGUUUGCCCUGCUCCUUGCGAAGGUGCCUGUGUCCUUGGUAUCAAUGACGACCCCGUCGGUAUCAAGUCGAUCGAAUGUGCUAUAAUCGAUCGAGGAUUUGAGAUGGGCUGGAUGGUCCCCAAACCCCCACCAAACCGUACUGGUAAGACGGUUGCGAUUAUUGGCUCUGGUCCCGCAGGCCUUGCUGUAGCCGAUCAACUUAACCGCGCUGGUCACAGUGCUGUCGUCUAUGAACGUGCUGAUCGUAUCGGCGGCCUUCUGAUGUACGGUAUCCCGAACAUGAAACUUGAUAAGAGGAUCGUUCAGAGGCGGGUUGAUUUCAUGGCUGCCGAAGGGAUCAAAUUUAUUGCAGGUACGGCUGUUGGACCAGAUUGCGACGUGACUUUGGAGUCUCUACAGAAGCAAAACGAUGCUGUCGUUAUCGCUACCGGUGCGACGGUUGCCAGAGACCUUAAGAUUCCGAACCGUGAGCUGAAAGGUAUUCACUUCGCAAUGGAAUUCCUCCAUAAGAAUACCAAAUCUCUACUUGACUCUGAGCUAGCUGAUGGCGCAUACAUUUCAGCUAAGGAAAAGGACGUUAUCGUUAUCGGAGGCGGCGAUACCGGCAAUGACUGUAUUGGCACCUCCGUUCGUCAUGGAGCCAAAUCGGUCACCAAUUUCGAGCUUCUUCCUCAACCUCCUGCGGAGCGUGCCAGUGACAACCCUUGGCCUCAGUGGCCACGCGUCUACCGUGUGGACUACGGCCAUAAUGAGGUGAAAGCGCACUUCGGCAAGGAUCCCCGCGAAUACUGCGUAAUGUCGAAAGAAUUCGUCGGUGAUGAGGAUGGAAAUGUCAAAGGAAUCAAUAUCACCCGGGUCGAAUGGGCCAAAAGUAACUCCGGAGGUUGGGAUAUGAAGACAGUUGAAGGAAGCGAGCAAUUCUUCCCGGCAGAUCUUGUCCUGCUUUCAAUGGGUUUCCUGGGCCCUGAGGACCGUGUGCUGGGCGACAGAAUCGAACUGGAUGCCCGGAAAAAUAUAAAAACGGCUCCUGGCCACUAUGCCACCAACAUCCCUGGUGUAUUUGCUGCGGGAGAUUGCCGACGCGGCCAGUCACUGAUCGUUUGGGGUAUUAACGAAGGUCGUCAAACGGCCCGAGAAGUCGAUUCUUACCUCAUGGGCACAUCUUCUCAUCUUCCAAUUACUGGAGGCAUCGUGCGCCGCGCUGCUAUUGACUCUGUGCCGAAAACUCCUCAAACUCAAGUUCAAGCGGUUGCCGCUUAG